AAUGGUCACCACCUGUCAUUCUUUCUCUAGCAUUUACCGACCAGAAAAGCAAGAGAAAACCUACUCGUCCUUUUUUUCCCCUUCCAAUUUCGCGAGAAAAUCACUCGUAUUUUUCCCGAGAAAUUUAUGAUCCAAACCGAAUGCUUCCCGAUUCGAUGACGUCCAAGCAAUAAUUCAUCCUCUUUGCAGUACGAUGAGGUCAGGCCUUGACCUCUUAUUGAACCAAACUAUUACAUUUUCGAUUCCAGACAUUGAUGGAAGGAGACCGAACCCUUUCUUCAGAGCCAGCAAACGGGAGCGAAUCAGAGAAAGUGAAAUUGAUCGAAUGGGAAGAUUAUGAGCAGGAAGUUGCGAGGUUGUGGAGCCUCUCCUCCGCCCUCAAAGAAGCUAAGGAAAAGAAGCUAAGUCUUCAGCAAAAGCUCAACUCUUUCAUUCAGGUUGAAGCCAAGUCAUUAAGUCGAUUGAAUGAGCUUGAGGAGAUGCGCCAGCGAUUGGAAGCCAGAAAAUUGGCAAUGGAAAGCAUAUCGUUGAGUUCUAAGGUUUCAGCUGAGGAUGCUAAAAAGGAAGAAGAGAGGCUUGGUGUGGAAGUCAAAUCUCUGUUGGUUGCUGGUUCUUCUCUUUCCGUAGCUAGCAAGCAACUUCAGGAAUCAAAGAGGUCACUUUCUGGAGAGAGGGGUUAUGGUCGUCUCAGAAACCUGCAGAAGAAGCUAAGAAUGAGGCAGCAGUAUAUGAUAUCACAAAUUUCAUUGCUUUAUCCAGUAAAGAUAUCAGCUGGACCUUCAGAGGAGCAAGAGCUUGAAUCAUUUCCAAGCACUAGUAAAUCAGGGAUCUACACUGGAUCUAAACCAACCAAUGAAGGAUCUUUGACAGUUUUAGGUCUGCAUUUGACUAUGCUUCCUUUCACAAAGAUGAGUUUUUUUACCGACAAGAAGGAAGUCCAGAAGUCUGCAACUGCCCUGGGAUAUGUUGCACAUGCUGUUUCACUCGUUUCUUCCUACUUAGAAGUUCCUUUGCGUUAUCCUGUGCGCUUGGGUGGUUCUCGAUCUUUUAUUAAUGACUACGCACCUUCUGUGGAGCCUACAUCAUCUGACCUUUUAUUGAGUUCAUCAUCCAAUGUGAAUACGAAGGCAGUUGAAUUUCCCCUCUUUUUGGAAGGUCAAGAAACAACACGAGCAGCUUAUGCUGUUUUUCUGUUAAACAAGGAUUUGGAGCAACUUUUGAAUUUUAUUGGUGUAAAGAGUUUAGGACCCCGCCAUGUGCUGGCUAAUUUGAAGGAGCUUACAAGGACAAUUCAGUCUGCAGAAUUUUUAGAAACAUGACCUGAUCUUCCUAUCAUAACCUUAAAGUUAGAAACUUGUAAAUGAAUUACCUGAAUUCAUACGAAGGUGCAAUUUUUUUUUCUAAUGCAGCACCUUGCCACAGAUCCUUGUCAAUUCCUACAUUUGAUUGAUGGAAGCCAAGAUAAAUGACUUAAAUGAGUUAAUGUGGAUUCCUUUUUGGAUUUCUAGACACCAAGUGUCAGUAUUGAGAGUUGCUAGUUUACAAAAGUUUAAUGAUAAAUUUGAGAGAUUUUUUUUUUGGCCAAA